AUGUUCCGGAUCGAAGGCCUCCCUUCGAAGCUGAACCUGGAGGAGAUGAAAUGGCAUGAGGAUGUGCUCUCCUCAAUAAAGAACUUGCUCAUAGUGGCCCUGCUGUGACUCACUCCAUAGAUCUUGAAGAAAUUGGACAGCAUGCGAAGAUGGGGAGUCACAUGA